UGUGUGUGAACUCUUCAUUUCACUCAGUAAGGCAUUAUCGGUGAUGAAGCGCAAAUAUUUCAAUUUAAAAUUUGCUGAUGUGUGGUAUGAACGUAACAAAAUCCCCAUAUUAUGAGGAACACGCAAAGAAAUGGCAUACGUCAAUGUUGCUGAGUGGUCUCCAGAACAUGUUGCCGAAUGGCUAAGAGGCUUGGAGUACUCUUUGUUGCCAUAUGUUCACUUCUUUCUGAAUAAUGAAAUAGACGGGUAUCAUCUUUUAAAUUUAACUGCUGAUGAUUUGGAAGACCUUCAUAUAUUUAAAGUUGGGCAUCAGCAGUUAAUAUUGGAAGCUGUGGAACUCUUAAGGCAGUUGCAUUACAGCCUUAAUUCUGAAACAUUACAGUCAUUAGCUGUAAAACUUGGUUGUAAAUCUCGGAGUUUGUAUAAUGACCUGAAGCUGAAUGGCCCUCAAGAUCAUGUAGAAAGCAUUAGACAGGAACGAGUUUCCAUAAAUGUGUUAUCUGCUGUUUCUGAAGUUCUGACAUCUGUCAAAGCUUUAGUAUCCUGGUUGGACAGAUUACCAUUUCAACAUGAUCCUUUAUGCCUUAAACUGAAGAAGACAGUUUUGAAACUUAGCAUUGAGUUAGCAUCUACCACCCAGAGGGAUCAAUUUGCCGAACGUCCUCAUGCUCUCAUUAAAAGAAAUUCACUUCAUCUUGCUGAAUUAUGCGAUAAAUUUGUCCAGGGAUCUAAAGAUUCUUUAAUACUACAGCCUGCUUCUUUAGAUAUUGCCAUGAUAAAGAAAAAGCCAGAUGAAGAGUUGGGUAUACAUAUAAAAUCUACGUAUUCAGGAGUUCACAUCAUUGGUGGCAUAAAAGAUCAGAGCCCUGCAAAACGAUGCAAUAAGGUAGAGAAAGGGGAUGAAAUCGUGCAAGUAAAUUAUCAAACAGUUAUUGGAUGGCAACAAAAGAAACUUGUGACUGCUAUGACUGAACAUUAUACUGAGCUACAUUUAACAUUAAAAAAGAGACCUCGUCACAUAAAUUUAUUAGGAGAGGUCAUGAUUCUCAGACCAUAUCGUAUUCCUUCAAAGAAAACGGCUAAUAAAUGCCAUAAGUGGUCUGAUGAUAACCAUGUUAGAGGCCAAGAUACUUGUUCUACAUCUAAUGAAAGUGAAUGUAUUAGAGAUGAUUUUAAUGAUGAUGAAGAUGAUUCAGCAUUUUUACCAGCUUCUGUAAAUCAUCUUAUUUUGGCUAAAGAAGCUUCUUCCCACCAUCGAUUAUUUCCUGGCACAACACCAUUUGCUGUACAGAGGAGAGCUACUGUGAGUGGUGCAUCUCCUACUAUAUUGAAACCACCUGUAAAUAUAGAAGAUUUAGUAAAUGGUGUGCCUCGUAUGAAAGGAAAUGACAACUUUGGACGCAGUAUAUCUCAUGAUCCUUCAUGUCCUAAAUUAAAUACUGAAGAUGUCUUAAAAAAUCCAAAAUCAAGUAGUCAUCAUGAAGAAGAAAACAAGGAAUUAGUUCUUGAUUCUGAUAAAUCUUCUGAAAUAUUAGAUGAUAAACCUGCAGCAAAUACAAAAUCACUGUCAAAUACACUGUCAAGUCCACUUGAUUCCACUUGCGGAGAAAUUUGUAAAAGAGAUCGAAGUCCUGUUCCUCUUAUGGAUGCUUUACCUGUUCAAGAAGAAGGAACCGUUCUGGAAAACAAGAGCUUGAGUAAAGAAGUAGAUUCCUUUGUCACGGAAACUAAGUUUCCUAGCUCGUGUGUUAAAAAUGUCAGAAACUGUGCUGUAGCUUCAGCAAAAGCUGACGAAAACAGUCAUUCAUCAGACCAAUUACAAUUUUCUAAUUCUGCUGUGGACAAGCAAAAUUGCUUGUUUUGGGAAGGUGCAGACGUUCAGUUCUCUGGUCGCCGCCCAAGUGCGCAUGACAUAUCUAAUGAAAUUGCUGGAAGUAAGCUUACAGACAUCAAUCCUAUGUUCUUAAGAAAAUUUUCGAAGAUUGACACUUCUCCAUUAUGUCAUGGAAGUACUGAUAUGAAAGGAAAUUCUAACAAUGAAAGCGCUGAGAUGAGCAGUUAUCAAGUUGUGAUUGUUGGUGGUGUUCCACAAAAGUGCAUUAAUGCUUCUAAAGAUAGUAAAGAAAAAGGAAAAGGCUUGGAAUUUAAUAUUUACUCACAUAAGAAAAUGGAAUCUGUCAGAAGACUUGGGAGCAGACAUAUUUCUUGUAAGGACUUAGGUAAAGGAGAUUGUGAAGGAUGGCUUUACAAACAAAAAGAAAAGAAGAGUUUUUUUCCAUCUGCUCAUCAGUGGACAAAGCGAUGGAUGGUUCUGAAAAAGCAUCUUUUAUAUUGUUACAGAGACAAAAAUGAUAUCAAAGCAGAAUGCCUGAUUUCUUUACCAGGUUCAAAAGUUUCUCCAGCAUUAGAAUGCAAAACAAAGAAAUAUGCUUUCAAAGUUUGUCAACAGAAAACAACAUUUUACUUUGCCACUGACUCUCAGAAAGAAUUAGCUAAUUGGAUGAAUAAAAUGGGUUUAGCAGCAAUAGCAUACCACACAUCAUCAGAUGUUGCAAGUGGAUAUCUUAAGCCUGAACUAAUUUUAGAUAAAUUUUACAGUGAGACUGAAGACAGUGAAAGUGGUAGUCCAACAGUAAUGCGACGUUCUGAGGAUACCAAUGAAUGGUCUUCUGUUUCAUCAGCCUCAGAUCAUUCAUUUGAUUUUGCUCAGAAAUCUCAAAAGAAAGAAAAAAAUUUCCAUUCAGUUGAUAAUAAAAAGUCAUCACAUUCAGCAUUUCCUAAAGUUAUAAAACGUAAUGCAAGUAACAAAACUCUCAUGCAUUGGAUUAAUCAGAAUGCUGUAAGUAAUUUGGAAAUGAAAGAAGGUAUGCCGUCAAAUACUAGUUCUCUUUACACACCUGUAGCUGAUUCAUAUACUAAGUCUGUUAGUAGAUGUGUAGAGUCCCAUAGUCACAAAAUUUUUUAUAAUAGGUCUUUCAGCUGUACUGAGUCUUACACUCAUUUAAAGGACAAUCAUAGUAAUUUGACUGGAAAAGCAAGCCAUGAAACUUGUCUUGGCGAUAACUCUGUCCCUUCUAUAUAUAAUCAGACAAACAUUUUAAAGAAAGCAAGUCAUGGUCAUCAAAUGUGGAAUUCUAUCGAUGAAGAGUAUGACAUACUGACAUCAUCGCUUGGAAGGCAGCAGAGAGCACUUGCUAAAGAAAUUACUCCAGGGCUUGUAGCAAGAAUGGCUGUCUCAUACAGCAAUCUAAGUCAAAAGAAUUCUGUGACUUCAAGCUUAAGCAAAAAAUUCAGUCUACAGAAAGGAGUUCCAGCACCUGGAUAUGUGGCAAAAAUUUCUGAUUCAUUUGAUUAUUUAGCUAAAGUAGGAACAUCUAAUAAUGCCAGUGCUGAUAAUAAAGGCAAAAAAUGUCAAGCCAUGUCAGAUGAUACUAAGAAGCCUGCAACACAUCAACAUCCUAACUGCAAAAGGAGUGCGUCUGAAAGUCAGGUAUCUAAGAAACUUUCAAACAUUGCUCAUAAUACAGAACCAUUGACAUACAGCUCUUCAUUGUCUUCUGGUUCUCCAUAUUAUUGUCAUGGAGAAAUUUCAUCUCCACCAGAGAAGUUUGUUAGUUUACUUGAUAAAGAAUACAACAAAGUAUUUGAAGGAAAGAAAGUGUCUCAACAACAACUAAAAUCUUCAUGUCAAGCUAAUUUUAAUAAGCAUGAGUCUGGAAGAAGAGAAAUGAGAUUUUUCCCAAGUGGAGAUCUUAUAGACUCAGCAUGCUCAAUGUCUGUACAGAAUAAAAAUUCUGUUGCAAAUAAAGGUGCUUUAGAAUUUCCAUUACAAAACUCAAAAAUUAUAUCUCCUGGAGGCAUUCCUGGAAAUUCUGAAAAUUAUUUUCCCUGUACUGUUGAUAUGUAUGCAUCAGAAAAUAGAUAUAUGCAGCAGUUUGAAAGAGGUAGUUCAAAUAGAAGUACUAUUUCAAAUUCCAGCCAUUAUAGUGGGUCGAAUUUUUAUGACUCAUCUGAAGGAAUUGAAAACAUGGGAUUUGGGUAUACAGAUCAGCCAUGUCAAGCAAAUGUUGGUAGUAUCAAUGCAAAUAACUCUGAUUCUUACAUAGACAUUACUUUUGAUAAACAGAGUCAGAUUUUGCCAGAUUCAGCAAAUUCUCAUCCUAGUCAUCAUGAUGGUAAUUUUACAUUGGAUGCUGUUUCAUCUGAUGCUAAUUCUCCCAAGAACACAAGUUUCAAAUUUUUCAAUUCCCCCAAAUUUAUGAAGAAACUAACUUCUCCAAAACUUGACAAAAAGAAUAUUUUUAAAAGUAAAAAGCAGGCAAAAGAAGCGAAGAGGGCAGAGCAAAAGGAAAUAUCAUCUACACAAAGUGAUAGCAAAAAGCAAGCAAAAGAAGCAAAGAAGGCAGAGCAAAAAGAAAUAUCAUCUACACAAAGUGAAAGAAAGUUUUUUGGAUCCCCACGGUUAGUCAGGGCUAUUUUUGGUUCACCUAAAGCUCAAAAGAAAGUCAUUACUGUAUCUUCAGGUGUACAAACUGAUAAUCUUCCUACUGCGUUACCCAUUCUAGAUUAUAAGAAGCCUUGCCAUGAUUUAAAUCAAAAUGAAAAUUUUGUCACUUCCUUGGAUUUGCCAACUAGCAAAUCAAGCAUACAUGGUGAAUCUCAUGAACAAGGAAAUAUUUCCUCAAAGAGUAGCAGUAAUAGCAGUUUGAACAGUAAUGCUUCCAAUAGUCUUUCUCCAUAUACUAGUUCUCUGUAUUAUGUUGAAGCUAGAAUAAAGCCUCAAAUUACUAUUAGCCUUCCUCUUGUUGCUGAUAAAAGUUCUGAAAAGUCACCCCCAGAAACGCCACGCACACCUCUAAAACCUACUAUGGGUGUGGCCAUGUUGAGUAAGAAACGUCUUCCAAGCAUAAGUGGUGAAAGCUCUGUAUCCAUUUCCUCAAAGAGUUCACAUGAUGGAUCAACAAAAGAAAUUGUACAGCAACAUUCAGAGGUCUCCAUGGAUGUUAAUGGAGAUGAAGAAAUGCUUCAGGUAAUGGAAACUCUACAAAGGGUUGAUGUCUCAUUUGAUGGGACAGAAAUGAAGUCUAAAGACAUGAAUUGUGAGCCAUCUUCUUGAUAGACUUCUCUAGUUGAACUUUUCUGUGCCUUAAAGGUAAAUGAGAAGAAAAAUUUAAAGCUCUUAAUAUAUUAAAUUAUAUUUUAUAUAGAAAAGUUUUUAAGAAAUUUGUGUGAAUUACUGUAUUUAACAUAUACAAACUGUUUUAUAGAGUAAAUCUUAUUCAAAGAUGCAUUUUUAUAAGAUACAUAUUGCAUUCUAUUACCAAAUCUAUUUUUAUGAACAUAUAUUAAAUAUUUUGUUUUAAUUUAGCUGUUUGGACAUUUCUGUAUUCAUUAAAACUAUCUAGUAUCCUAUUUAUGUUAUGUUAAUGCUACCAGUUUAAUAUAAAACUGAGGCAGAAUAGGUAUGGUGUCUCUGACCCUGUGAGUUAAAUAAAUUUCUAUAUAAAAAUACCUACAAUACACAGUCCAAGAUCCUGACUUAUCACGACUUCAGCAAUCCUGGAUUUGGGAUUUUUACAGGUAUUAUAUUGUCAGUUAAAAUCUAGUAAGGUGAUGUGGAAAUUUAAAAAUUAAAAAUAUGAAAUAGCGGUUUAUGAAAUAAUGAAACAUGACCUGAAGUGAAUCAAACUUAACAAAACCCCCUCAGUAUUUGUUUGUUUGUCCUAUUAAACUUUUCUUUCAAUGUAAGUAGUUUAAUUAGCUUCAAUUUUUAUGCUUAUACUUUCUGUUUAAUUCUAUAGAUAGAUGUAAUUUCUCGUUCAGUUGCAAAGUUCCAUUGUUCAAGUCCUCUAAUUGCCACAUCAAGAAUUCCCACUAAAUUAUCAGUCAAAACAUUUUUGUUAUCAACAACUUCUCUGUCACUUUUUUCAAUAUUGCUAGCGAAAUUUUCUGGAUUUAGAACCAUGCUACAGAUUUCAUCGUCCAUUAGUUGAUUGAUUGAGCAUUGUUAUCACAAUGAAAAUCUGCUGUUAUAUUGUCUUCAUUUUAUACCUCACUGCAUGAGUCAUUUCUCAAGCCACAGUGUGUGAUAAUUAAGCAGUGAUGAAUGAAAAAAUAAUAAAUAAUGUUUUGCCAGGUUGGCAUCAGUGCUGAAUUGAAAUUAUGAAUAGGUACUUUCCACAAGUUUUAUAAUAAAAAAUGUUGAAUGCCCAAGCUUUCACUUGCAUGGAAAAGAGGUUGCUAGUAAUCUUGGAGUCUGUAUUUUAAAGCAUUCCAGAUAUUGGAUGUCGGGAUUUCGGACAUUGUACUGUAUUAAUAAGGCAGCAAAAUUUUGAUAUACUUAUAACAUUUUUUUUAAAUAUAACUUUUAUAAACUUAUGUAUCAGUAUAAUAUAUGAAUAAAGUAAUUUUCUGUUUAAAAUGCUUCCUAUUCUAUUUGGAAAAAAAACUAGCUGCCUUUUACUUGUAAAUGUUUACUGAUAUGUAUUGAAUUGAGGCAUUGUUGAAUUCAAUACCUGUCGGUGUUAGUGUAUCAUGUAUAAAAAUGUGAAAUUUCACAAUUUAUUUUGUAUAUAAAUUUUAUAGAUGCUUACUGUACAAAAAUAUACAUUGUGAAGAGCUUACAUUGGCAAAUGUAUUCGAAAAAUAAUGAAUUUAUAUUUUGAUAUUAUUUAAAUAUCAAUUAUAUUAAUUUGUGUUUGUUUAUUUAAAAUUAUAUAUUUUUUUAUUUGCUUUUGCUGGCAAGAGAUUUUUCUUCAGUUGAAUAUUGCUGUUUUUGUUGCUUUGCACUUUCAUGUUAGAAUUUUUUUUUAAAUGUCAAACAAAAUGUUUAUCAUCACUUUUUUCUUCUUACAUCAGGGAAUCAACUUUAAUUGUCUAAAAUAUUUAUUGAGGAUAAAAUUUGUUGUGUAAACUGUAGUUUUUUAAUAUUUCAUCUGUUCUGUAAUAUAUGCUCAUUUAAUGUAAUAAUAAUUUUUUUCCUUCUUGUUAAAGAAAUUUAAAUGGAUUCUUACAUAUUAGGCAUGAUUAUCAAAGUCAUCAGUUGAUCUUAAGUUCUUGACUUGUUUUGAAAAUUAAUGUUAUUAAAUAAUUAUUUUUCCUGUUAUUUUAAUAAGAUGCAUAUAUUAUUUUCUCAUAAUGAAACUUAGCUCCCUUAGCUUUAAGCUUAGAUUGAUGUAUAAUGUUUUAAAAUUAAAUUCAGAUCUGUUUCGAAAAAAGAAAUAUUUUAAUACGAGAAACCAGAAAUUGUAAAAAAACUUAACUAUCUGUUUUAAGAUUAUGUUUCAUGUCAUCAGUAUUUCAAAAUGUAAUAUUCUAAAAUUCUUGGGCAAUAUUUGACCAGAAGAUCUAAGAAUUCAGUGUAAAUUUUUAGAAGUUUGUGUGGUCAUAUAUUGUAUUAUGUGUUUCUUCAAAUAUCUGGUAAGUUUCUGUUGGAUGUUAGGAAAAGUUUUUGUGUUUAUAUUCUGGUUAUAUAUCGGACCUUAGAAAUUUUUUUCUGUGCUCAUUAGUUAGUGGCUGGGCAGUAUGGGAUUGUUUUAUAUUUUGCGCUAAAUAUUGUUUUUAAAUGAAAAGUCUGUGACAAAAUAUUUGAAGAUCCAAAAGAAGCAUAUCAGAUAGUCUUUUGUGUGAAUAUGAUGUAGGAAGCAAUAAGGCAUAAUCAUAUCAAAAGAUAUUUAUCCAACUGAUACUACCUCUUUUGGUCAUUAUACAGUUUUCUCCAGGAACAACAGUAUGACAAUGUGGAAAAUACUUUUGCUGAUUAUGAAAGCUUUCCACAGUGAAGGAGGGAGAAAGGAAGUUACUUCGUCCCAAAUUAUCUGAUAUAAACAGUAAUGGGGAAAAUAUUGUAGACUGAGAGCCAGUUAAUGCAUUCUGUUGCAAAUAUAAGAGAAUUCUUUCAUUAAAAAAUACGAAAACUUUUGUGUACACCCAGUAUGUAAGUUGUUAUGGAUUCUGUCAUGAAAGUGAACCUUAUGUUAUGUAAAAUCCAAAAUUUUUAAUUAUUUAGAAGAUAAAGAAGUUUUAAUAUUGCUUUUUUUUUAUUAUGAGUUAAAAUUAAAUGCUUUGAGCUUUCA